UUCCUUCCAAUUUUAGGUCAUUGAUAGAAGAAAUAUUCAGUAACUUACUGGGAGAGACUGCUAUAAUAGUUCAGGACAAAUAUGUCCUCUGGUGAUGACCGUGCUGAAGGCACAGUGCAUAGUUCUCUAAAGCUAAAGCACAAAGGUCAUGAGGUCUCAUGGCUUUCCCCUGAGUCUUCUAACCUGAGCUCUGAUUUGGAGAAAUAAUCAUUGUAUAGGCCUGCUACAGAGGGCUCCCCCUGUUAGCAGUGACUAAGCAGUAUGCUUUUCCUAUGCUGCACUGGGAAUUUAUGCACUGAGAAGAGUCCUGGUCCAGGCUGCUGAUCUUCCCUAGAUGUCUGGCCAUCACGGAUUAUUAAGUGGAAUACUUUUCACCCUUUCCACAAUUAUAUUUAAGCUUAGGGUUUCAAAGCUUUUAUUUUCCUGCUACUAUGUGUUGUGCGGUCAUUUAUUGGAGUGGCCAGUUUGUUAUUUUAACUGUGGCUCGGAAACAGUGUCUGCUAGUAAACUGAAAAUGAUUCCCAAAGGGAAGAUGUACUGUGGACUGUUGAUACCCAAUGCUUCCGCUACAAAACCUGUGAAAGGGGUAUGGUGUGUGGCCAGCCAAGUCAGGAGGGCCAAGCUAGAGGCAGCAGACAACAGCACAGAAGGGUGGGAAAGGUGGGGGCAAGAGAGAAAGAGGAGUAAGAGAAGCAUGGCAAAACAAAAACAAAAACAGCAACCACAAAAAACCUACCCAAAGGAAGAGAACCCGAUACUUAGCACAGCAAGACUAAGAAAUACCUGAUAGUAAACCUAAACCAAAGGAUAAGGGGGGAAAAAACAAAACAAAACAAUAAAAAUAAGAGAAGGCAAAAAAAGAGAAUGGGAGUAAUAAAGACUGAAAGAAGAGGCUUAUAAGGAAAACGAACGCACUAAAUAACACUGCAUAGCGUAGAUAAUUCACAGGCAGCCUAGCUCCCCAGCCAGAGGACAAGGUCUCUUUCUCACAUAUCAGAGUGCCACAUUAGUGUGGCUUUAUCAAUCUCCAGGCCAAGGUCUUCUCUGAUUUACUCCAUGGUGCACUUUGACAGUCUGACAAAGCCUAGGGGCCCUGGAAUGGUGUUUUUAAAUGAAUAAAAUAUAAUACAUAUGAUUAUAGCACAAACCAAUUUUAUUGAAAUAUCUGUUUAUCGACUUAUAAAAGAAACUACUGUUACUAAUGUAUGUGCUUCUUACAUAAUGCCUCUAUAACAAGAUCUUGUAGUGGGACUAGUGGCUAGUAUUGUUUCGAAGUAGGAAUGGGCAUACAUGCUCCUAUGAGAUAACUAUAGCAGCUGUAUUGUGAUAUGAAAAUAUUUAUAUUGGUGACUUAAUCACUAGUACUGCUACUAUUGAGGUUUAUGGCCUGUGUUCAAAAUGGAAUGAGAUGGUACAUUGCCGUUUAAGCUUCACAAAGUUGCGAUUUUUUUUUUUCCAUGCAGGUUCAUGAAUGCGUUGAAUUCUAUUGGUAGAUGCCUUGGAGGUCUCUGACCCCAAGAACUCCAGAUAAUGGCAACCGUAUAAUUUAUCAUUUCCCACUGGGACACUUUGGCGAAUGAAAGGGCUCUUAGUUGUUUUUCCAAGACAGUAAGUAUAAAUUGGGACAGGCCCAGGCAAAUGGUAAUACAGCUGCUUUAGCACUCUGGGAUCUUCUAGCAGCGUUAGCACUUUGGGACCUUCCUCCCCAGAUCAGUUUUCACUUCUCUGACUCGGGAAAGCGGCUUUUUCUGCUCUGUUCUUAGGGAUCAAGACUGUGGAUAGUGGUAUUGGAAAGUAGAGAAGACCUUCAGCUGGAAAAGGAUCCUUUAUCAGGGCCACAACCAAGAUAUGGGAUGCCUUUGUGAGAAAUGAAAAAUGGGCUUCCUUGGAGCAAAAAUAGCCUCCUGGAUCCUGGCCCGACGAACCCUGGCUUGUGUUUUAGCUCCCAGUGGCCCCCUUGGCUAGGUUCACUGUAGCCUUGGCCAAUAUCACCUGAAAUGAGGGUGAAUUAUCAGACUCCAUUGCAUUUCAGCCAAAAGUUUCAACUCCCCCUCCAACAAUUUCUCUUGAGUAGACUUGCCAAAAUAGUUUUUAAAGAUUCACUUCGUUUCCCUUCCCACUUCCCAGUUAUCAGGAAAUGGCUUCGGCCCAGGCAGGUAGAUGGAGAACCAUGGGAAGAGGUCAGGAUCUGAAGAAUUUUUAGAGUAGAUAAUAAGGCCUUGAGUGAUAAAGAGGGAACUGUGGUCAUGGAGUGUUUUCCUAAACAGAUGGCUCAUGUUGUCCAGUGUUGGAAGAAGAUAACAGAAUGUCCCUGCUCCUGGAAAUUAGCAUGUUUUUGUUUGUUCUGUUUGAUGAAAUAGAACCUGCUUAGUAGAAGAAAAAAACUCUUCUAAGAAAGCUUUUGACUUUGCAGGGGUGGCGACAUCUCAGAAAAUGCCCUCUUUAUGUGCGUAUAGACUAUUUGGGAACCAGGCAACCUAGUUCUAGUUCCAGUUCCAGCUUUGACUCUAACCAUCUCUGUGGCACUGGGCUGGUUACGCCAAAUGUUCUGGGCUCUACUUCCCCAGUAAGAGGAAAGUUAGGAAUUAAAUGAUUUCUAAAGUCCUUUUCAGUUAUAUGUGUGUAUAAUGUCAAAGAUGUGUCUGACAUUGUUUUAUUUUUACUCCAUAUGAUGUCUUCUCUGUUUAAGUUGAUUCAGACUCAUUUCUUUGCUUAGGUCUUCCAGCCCUUACAUGUUACAGAUCCAACAAUGAUAGAUGGACACUCUACAGUCCUGAGGGUCUGUUACACCUGGAGCACUUCUGGGAACCUACAAUAAAAGGAUGAGGGGGAGUGACACAGAGAGAGAAAUAGCUGACCGGUAAAGGGACAAGUUUGCCCAGAAUAUUCCAAGCUGUGUGAAGAAGCCCCAGUGACUGUUCUUUCCAUUUUUGCCAAACAGCACGUGAAACUGGAAGUUUGACAAAGAAUAACUUAUGGUACUGUAUUCACCUAUUUGGGGACUAUGGUUGACCAGGGGUAACUGAAACCAUGGAGAGCAAAACCGUGAAUAAGAAGGUGCCCAAGCAAGGACAGAAAUAAUGAAGAGACACAUGUGUUAGCUGCAGCCUUUUGAACCACGCAAGAAGGAAAUCAAUAGUGUGGACAGGGCUGGAACCAUUACCACACUUGUUGGAGUAAAUGAGGAAUGGGCUCGUGAUUAUGCUGACAUUCCAGUAUGAAUCUGGUAGACCUGUGGUUAACCCGUUCCCUCUCCAUGUGUCUCCUCCUACAAAGUUUUGUUCUUAUGAUACUGUGCUUUCAUUCUGCCAGUAUGUGUCCCAAGGGCUGUCUUUGUUCUUCCUCUGGGGGUUUAAAUGUCACCUGUAGCAAUGCAAAUCUCAAGGAAAUACCUAGAGAUCUUCCUCCUGAAACAGUCUUACUGUAUCUGGACUCCAAUCAGAUCACAUCUAUUCCCAAUGAAAUUUUUAAGGACCUCCAUCAACUGAGAGUUCUCAACCUGUCCAAAAAUGGCAUUGAGUUUAUCGAUGAGCAUGCCUUCAAAGGAGUGGCUGAAACCUUGCAGACUCUGGACUUGUCCGACAAUCGGAUUCAAAGUGUGCACAAAAAUGCCUUCAAUAACCUGAAGGCCAGGGCCAGAAUUGCCAACAACCCCUGGCACUGCGACUGUACUCUACAGCAAGUUCUGAGGAGCAUGGCAUCCAAUCAUGAGACAGCCCACAAUGUGAUAUGUAAAACAUCCGUGUUGGAUGAACAUGCUGGCAGACCAUUCCUCAAUGCUGCCAACGAUGCUGACCUUUGUAACCUCCCUAAAAAAACUACCGAUUAUGCCAUGCUGGUCACCAUGUUUGGCUGGUUCACCAUGGUGAUCUCAUAUGUGGUAUAUUAUGUGAGGCAAAAUCAGGAGGAUGCCCGGAGACACCUCGAAUACUUGAAAUCCCUGCCAAGCAGGCAAAAGAAAGCAGAUGAACCUGAUGAUAUUAGCACUGUGGUAUAGUGUCCAAACUGACUGGCAUUGAGAAAGAAAGUAGUUUGCGAUUGCAGUAGAAAUAAGUGGUUUACUUCUCCCAUCCAUUGUAAACAUUUAAAACUUUGUAUUUCAAUUUCUUUUGAAUUAUGCCACUGCUGAACUUUUAACAAACACUACAACAUAACAAAUAAUUUUAGUUUAGGUGAUCCACCCCUUAACUGUACCCCCGGUGGUAUAUUUCUGAGUAAGCUACUAUCUGAACAUUAGUUAGAUCCAUCUCACUAUUUAAUAAUGAAAUUUAUUUUUUUAAUUUAAAACCAAAUAAAAGCUUAACUUUGAACCAUGGAAAACAGAGUGACUUAUUGGUCAAGAAAACAGUAUAGUCAUUCUACUUGCUCUAAAGAAAAACAGACAACCUUUAUGAACUCAAAGAACUAUCACAAUGAAAAAAUGUGUUAUUAAGCCCUACUGUACACUGGGGAGCCAUAGCUGAAUUAUUGGCUGAGUUAAGUAUCUGUCAGACUCUAAAAUACUGAACUUUACUAGGUGGUUAUACACAAGUGUGGCAUCCUUUAGAGGCUUAAGUCAGGAUGCCUUUUGGCAUUUACUCUUCAAAAAUAGAUAUAAUUAGCUAUUGAAUCCAAAUACUUAUUGUACCUUUGCACUAUGCUGGACAAAAUGGAAAAGAAAAAGACAGCACAUAGCCUGUCCUCAAGACUACUUUCUGGCGGACUGGGGCAUGUUUGACAAAUGUAGAAAUGGUUAUGCUAGGGAGGAAGGUCCUUGUAAUCAUGUAGCAUCAACUGGGUGCAAGCACUGUGAGAGGCAUUUUUAUGUUAUUAUUGUGUCUUUAAACUCUCCCAAUAAGAUAAGAGAGUGACAACUGCUCUAUUUACAUAGGGAAAAACUUCAAGUAAGAGAGGUUCAUUGAUUUACCAGGUAGAAAGUCUUAGAACUUAAAUUUGAAUCAAAUCUUUCUGUCUCCAAAGACAGGUCUUCACAUUAAAUUCCUACGGAGUUGGUUUAUAGUUAUAAUUUUCUUAGAUUAGGUACACAGUUCUAUGAGUUUUAAAAAAUAUAUACUCCUGGGCAUCUGUCAUACAAUCAAGAUAUUGUGUCCUUGUCAUUGGCCAGAGAUAGGAGAAAGCACAUUUGGUUCUUGGAAGUAGGGAAUUGUGUGGAAGUUAUUGGUUUUAAGGUACCAUUACAGAUAAUCCUUAAAACUUGGGUGGGAUCUCAUAAGAUGAUGAUGUAGACAAGGAAGAUAGAAGAAGCAGAGCGAGCAGAGGGAUAUCAUAUAGGGAGGUGUUUGGGAUGAAGGAGUCUGUGCAAAGAAGUGAGAAACAAGGCUGGAACUAUAUAGUAGAGAUCUCAGUUCCAGACUAAGGAAUAGCAGAACUGAUGGCAUUUAUGGAACACUUACUAUGCAACAAGUACUUUCUUUGGAGUAUCUUAAUGAAUCCUUACAAACUCCCCUAUGAGAUAGUCUUUUGUGAAUGAGAGUCAGAGACACAGGAGUUAAGUAAUUAAUACAGAGUUUGUAAGAAUAGCAGGCACUGAAACCCAGUCUGUCAACUCCAGAAGCUAUGAACCAUUUAUCCACUGUGCUGCCUUAUGCUCAUCAACUUUCCUACCUAAAGUUGCUGAUUCCUCAGACCUAUAGUUCUGCAGUCUCCUAUGUGAUGGUUUUAUUUUUUUAAUACCACAAAAAUAGCCCUUUGUGAGAUUUAUGUAGGGAAGAGGGAACCUCUGCCAUUUUGAGACACUUAGCCUUCUCCAACCCAAGUUAGGGUAUCUUUGGGCCUAAUAUUUCUGCUCUCAGAAAGCCCUAGAGGUCCUAGGUAGCAAUAGUAUCUUUAAAUGUUUAUUUAUUGUAAGGGACAAUCAGGGUCAGCUAAUCCAGGACCUGUGGCGAGGCAUGCAGAGUACUGCGGCCAGGCUCUGCUCAAAGUACACACCCCAGGGCCAUGGGCUUUUCACUCCAACCCCACCAGACUUGCUAAAAGUGUUAUAUCUAGUCUAGAAACCUGGGGUAACUCCUCGAUGUAAAAUUCAGGAUACAGGCCCGAGAAUUCCUGCAUCCCAGCAAGAAGGAAGCCAGAAUGUCUGCUUUUACUAACUGAAUUGAGAAUUCACCUUCCCAGUGAGAUUGAAGCUUUGUUGAAGAUUUAUCGCCCCCUGGAGGGCAAUACUAUAAUAUAUCUCUGCAGGUACUCUAGAAAGAUACCCAACUGAACUGAAAUACACAUAUUUUUUCCUAUAGAAUAGGAAAAUCAAGCCUUUGCUAAGACAACCCUUUAAAAAAGUAAAUUAACUGUAUUUAUUUGAGUAUAUGAGUCUCAUUCAUUUUAGAAAAGCUUUCACAAAUCAGAUAAUCCAUUCCAGGCUGCUUCUUCCAAAAUAAUCUUUGUGUCCUCACUAAUGAGAGCUUAUUUUCCCAAUGGUCAAUUGUAUUAUUCAAGUAAAAGCACUUGUGAAGCAUAAAUCCCUGAAAAGGACUGUAAAUAUAGUCAUAUCCUUGUUCAGAUGCAGGAAAGUUAAAUUUCCACAUACUUACUUUGAAAUUCUCCAUAUACAUAGAGCUGAGAGAUGUGUCAUAGGUUAAUAAUGCCCCUGCCUGAAUUAUAUGUGUAGAUUUUUAGUUAACAGUGCCUCAAGUACUUUUUUGUUUUUGUUUAAAAAGAACCUUUAAGUUCGGUUGCCAUGAAUCAGGUAUAAGCCACUGGAGGAGAAAAUUAAUUCUUUUGUUUGUUUCAUUAUUUUAAAAUAAAUACCAGGCUAUGGCACCCAUUUAUGAUCAGAAUUGAGAGGAAAUGCUCUUCCUGCCAGCUUGUGGGAAUGCUCUGUCCCCCAAGGCCAACAGUAUAUGCUGCCAAUGAGUGAAAGGAACUAAGACUCAAGUCUGCACAGAAAAAGGCCCAACAUGUAUGCUUCAGUUUUGAUCCCAGCUUGACCGUUAAUUUUCCAAACCUUUGCAGAUGGAGAGCUACCUAUUUGGGGACUGUAAGAUUUUUGAAAUUAACUAUCAACUCAAGACACAUAGUAUCUAACCUAUAUCUUACCUUCUAAACAUUUUAAAUAACAGCUUUUCUCAGCCUCCUGUUUUGGCAUCUGUUUCUUAACCCCAACCUUUUAAAUUCAGAAAUACCUAGGAAUUUUAGUCUAAUCUUUGACAAUGUGCUUAUCUUUGAAGCAAGGAAAAAUCAUAAAACAUGCCAACCCAACUGGAACAUUUUUAACAAAGUGAUGAAAAGUUAUGUAAUGGAAGAUUUAACUUUCAAGAACACUUUGGCAAAUUGUAAUGCAAUGAUAUACACAAUCUGCCAGGUACGCAUUGUUCUUUUUUAACGUCCUUCUCUGAUUCUUCACAAUAAUUCUUGUCCUGACAUCAACAAACAUAAGGCAGCCUUGGACGUGGGUAGGUUUUCCUUAUUGGUUUAAUACUUUCAAUUCAUAUAGUAAGUUCUCUCAUCUAUCGGCAGAGUUAGGAAGUGGAAAAUUCUGCUUAAUUAAAUGUCUUUGUUACUACAGCUAGGUGAAUGCCUAGAUUGUUAGGGCUGGGAGAGUCUUAGGGAUGAGCUUGCCUACUUAAUUUACAGGUGUUGAAAUUGAAACUCUUGCAGGCCUGCAGAUUAGCACUGUGUCCUCAUGUUCCCCAACCAGUGUCCCUUAAAGGACACUAAUUUCCUCUCUUGAUAAACAACACAACAACAUACACCAUGAAAAUGUCACUGGCCAUCAGCAAGUUUCCUUGAGGAUUGGAAAGGCAUGUAAGGCUCCCACAUUGUCACAGAGUCACAGUAAAGAAUAUUUAUGAUUCCAAAAGCCCUCUUGUUCUUUCAAGAUAGGAUGAGGAGAUCAGUUUGCCUUUUAAAACAGCCCCCAGAUAACAUGUUCCAUGUUGAGCAUGACCUGGUUUCCCAGUGGAGAGGUGGAGAAAAUGAUCCUGGUGCAAGUUGCUGGAGAGGGAGAGUUGAUUAGCAUUUGUUUCCUUGAGUAACAACAUAAACCAAAAGUGAUUGAGUGCAUCCCUGCUUGGCAUGAGGAGAAUGACUAUCCAUAAAUGAUGCCCUUCUCCAUUUCCAGAGCCCUUGUUAGCUUGACUUCCCAAAGUGAUAUCACUCAUCUGUCAAGCUGAUUGGGUCUGACCCGUACAGAGCAAACCAGAGGCAAUCUCAAUUACCACACAUUUAUAAAUGUCCUGUCCAGCUCAUUCCGAAGUCCAAAUAGGUGAAUCUGAAUUCACACAAAAAGGAAGAUCUGCAUUCCUCAUCCACAUUUGCCCACACUCAUGAUACGGAUGGUCCCAAAUGUGCCAUAUGACUUAGUGGGCUACAUAUCCCCAGCCAGGGCCACUCCUCAAGGUCCAAGACUUCUUCAUUCAACUCAGGGAAAUUAUGCGGUAGAGGCCACAAGGUGAACAUAGAGUCUCAUGGUUUCAUUGGUGGAGGACAGUAAAAAGGAAAGUCACUAGUUUUAUGGCUAUAAUCUCCUCAAUAAGAAAAGAACCAGAAGCUAGUGAGGAUCACUUAGGAACCAUGCACGUGUGCAUGCAUGUGUGCAUGUGUGUGUGAGUGUGUAUGUGUGUCUGCGUGCACAUUGGGGUAACAUGGAAUUGGGUUGUGAAAACAUCAGGAAAACAGAUGUUGGAAACAUUGAAAACAAAGCAUACUUGCCAAAUUUGGCCUAGGGAUGGCCUAAGUUUCGUGUUUCUGGGGAAAUUACUAGAUAUAUUUUUAAGGCUGUCUCCAAGUUCAGUGCAAACAUUUACACUUGUCACUCACUAGUGGCAAUUGAGUUGAUCAAUUUCAUAAGUUGUGUUUCUUCUUUGGCUGGAAAAUGUUCUGCAUUUUGCUCACCAUUUUCAAACAAGAAUCAAUGUAUUUGCUUUCUUUCCCUAUGGAUGUCCAGGCAUCCAAAUGGCAGGAGUUCUCUGGAUCUGACCUCAAAAGCUAGGCCUGAAACGAAUAGAUUGUAGGUCUCUCUGGGGUUAGAACCAAAACCUCGUGUUUUUUGUUUUAUUCUUUUUAUUUUUAUUUUCUUACAAAGAAGAGUUUGUAAAACAAAAGGCAAUCUGAAAUCUGGCUGUUGGUCUGAGAACCAACAAGCAAUCUGUUGUGCUAAUCUCAUCAACUGUUGAAUAGAUUUCCAAAGAAAAUGACCCAUGGGGAGUAGGAUGAGGUUAAUUCACAGAAAGCCGGCUUCCUUGGGAUUGUCUGCAUUUCUUCUGAAGGAAAAUGUCUGAAAGAUGCUGGUCUUCUCUCAAAGUCUUUCAUGCCCACAGACAGCCCUGCCAGUUCUUGGGCUCUCUCAGGAGCCAACUAACAAGAGGCAAAUGCGAUGUGAGAAAGGAAGAAGAAAAUCUUGAAAAAGUAUUGCCUGGAGUAAGUCUUUAGGGGGACAAACAGGACUGACUUAAACUGACAUUUUCAGCACUUCACCAUUAACAAGACUUUUUAUAUUCACAUGAACUGAGGAAUCCUGUGCAUAAGUCACAGAUAAAGAAUCUCUUAUCAAACAAUUCCACUUUUCCCUAACAAUGGUUAUCAUUUACUUGGCAUAGUGCAAGAUUCUGUUCCCAUCUUCCCUAGUUCUCACAACAUUUAUUAUCGAGUAGAUACUAUCAUUUUUCUCAUUUUGCAGAUGAGGAAACGAAAACUUAGAAAGCAUCCUGCAAGAGCAGAGCCAGGUAGCUAUCUGCAAAGCCCUUUGCUCCACCAGUGUCACAUUGCCUAGUUAUUCCGCAUCCUUUCAUUUUAUGAAGUCUCAUCUUAAGACUCUUGAUAAGUGGAGGAGGAUAGGGAAAGACAUUUUUCUUAAUUUGCACAAGAGGGAAGUGAGGUUCUAAAGAACAAAGCAAGUCUUAGCUCACUCAGCUAGUUAGCAGAGCUUGGUGUUUGGGGAUCACAAUGGUUUAUCCCUUUUUUAUACCCAUCCCUUUAGGCCCAGCCAGCUCUGAAAUCCCACAUACACUUAAGUAAACCAGGCUCCAGGAUGGGGCAGAUGUACAUAUAGUUUUCAAUCAUGGGGAUGAUGACUUUUAUUUUCAGGUUGCUCCUGGGAUGGUGGGGAUGUUGGGGAGGGUGGUGUCACUGGCAGCCACAUCUGCCUUCAGUCUUACCAUUUGCAUGUACACCAGCCAAAUUCUAACUGGCACCUCCUGCAUCCACUUGCCUGAGGGUUUUCUGUGGUCACCAUGGCAUAUUUUGCCACUUACAUGGCAGGCUUGGAAUGCUGGCGAGUUGCACCUUCAAGGUGCAAUCGUCAGCCAAUGACUAGUAAGAACUUGGUGUAUAAACACCCAGACCCCUCACUCUGGGAAGCAUAUAUUCUACCCCAUGUUGCAGAGUUUCCCCAGAAGAAUGAAGCUCAACUCAUACAUCAAAAUAAUGGGCUUUGUAAGGCACGAAUUUUUGCUGUCUUUCUUCCCUUGUCUCACUUUUCUACUUCCCUUUUGAUGUUUCCCAAAUAAACUUUUGGGAAACACUUCCUAAAUAAACUCUUUGCAUUCAAAUUUCAUCUCAUUGCCCACUUUUUGGGGAAACCCAACCUAAGUCACCUGAAUAUACCCUACAUCAAUACUUUCCAAACCCGGCUAAUGAUCAGAUAGAUUGAGAAAGACUUUGAAAAAUAUUAAGUACGAACGUGUUACCCAGAUCUACUGAACUAAAAUCUCUGGAGGUUGGGUUCAGACCUCUGUCUUUCUGUUAAUCUCCCCUCUUCUGAAGAUUUAGUGAUUAGUCAGGAUACCAACACUGACCCAUAAACCAUCCUGCACUAGAAGUUUUUUCUGGAACAGUGCACUUGGCAAAACUUUGCUGCCAU